AUGGUUCAAACUGAGAAAACAUCAACCAUCAUCAAUCUAGAUGAGUACACACCAGAUACUCCUUCAACACCUAUUGCACCAUUAUCUCCCAUUGCAGGUACAACAACUCCUGCAUCCGUUUCACCAACCCCUCCAACUGUCGAUGCACCAUCAACGAAUCUAACUGAUCAGAGUAACACAAUUGUCCCUACUCCUGGUGUUACCACCAGAAGUCGUGUUGGAAAAGUUUUUCCUCGAAAAUUCACUGAUCGCACUGUCCGGAACCAUCAAUUGGUAUCAACUCUUUCAGGAAACUUGCCCUCAUUUCUUCUUUUCAUCAUGGGUGUAUACAAAUUGCCAAAAAUCAUUCAUGCUAAGCCAAGACCGAGGAGCAUUAUCUCAACUUCAGAAGUCAUCGACGUACCCAAAGGCCAUUUCAGUGUAUAUGUUGGGGAAAAAGGAAAGAAACGAUUUAUAGUUCCAUUAGCUUACUUGAAACAUCCUUCUUUUCAGAUGUUGCUGAAUCUGGCCAAAGAGGAGUUCGGUUAUCAUCAUCCAAUGGGAGGUCUCACGCUCCCAUGCAGAGAAGAGACAUUCAUGGAACUCACACGCAAUAUAUAUCUAACUUCCUCCUAG